UCAUUUUGAUCCCUUAUUUGGGUGACUUCUUGGAGGCCAAGUUGCUGUCUGCUCCCCACCCCCCAACUCUGCUGCGGUGCAACGCCGCGCGCCUUCCCCUCUCUUGGCCUUUCCAGGCCUUCUGCCCCCGAUCGGCCGGACUCGCCGCGCCGUCGCUCGCCGCUGUCGUCAGGAGGAUGGAAGUAGUCUGUUUAGCAGACUUCAUGUAUCCUUUUUUUCCUAGCCAAGGGAUUGACAUGAAAAAAUGAAUGGGAGGGCUGAUUUUCGAGAGCCGAAUGCAGAAGUUCCAAGACCAAUUCCCCACAUAGGGGCUGAUUACAUUCCAACCGAGGAAGAAAGAAGAGUCUUCGCAGAGUGCAAUGAUGAAAGCUUCUGGUUCAGAUCUGUGCCUUUGGCUGCAACAAGUAUGUUGAUUACUCAAGGAUUAAUUAGUAAAGGAAUCCUUUCAAGUCACCCCAGAUAUGGGUCCAUCCCUAAACUUCUAUUUGCUUGUAUCAUGGGAUAUUUUGCUGGAAAGCUUUCUUACGUGAAAACUUGCCAAGAGAAGUUCAAGAAUCUUGAGAAUUCCCCUCUUGGAGAAGCUUUACGCUCAGGACAGGCACGGCGAUCUUCACCAUCUGGGCACUAUUCUCAGAAGUCAAAAUAUGACUCAAAUGUGAGUGGUCAUUCAUCUUUUGUGACAUCUCCAGCAGCAGACAACAUAGAAAAAGACAUGCUUCCUCAUUAUGAGCCAAUUCCAUUCAGUGCUUCUAUGAAUGAAUCUACUCCCACUGGUAUUACUGAUCAUAUUGCCCAAGGACCUGAUCCCAACCCUGAAGAAAGUCCUAAAAGAAAAAAUAUUACAUAUGAGGAAUUAAGGAAUAAGAACAGAGAGUCAUAUGAAGUAACUUUAACACAUAAGACUGACCCCUCAGUCAGGCCUAUGCAGGAAAGAAUGCCAAAAAAAGAAGUCAAAGUAAACAAAUAUGGAGAUACUUGGGAUGAGUGAAAAAUUGCAUCAUUGGACCUACUGAAGGAGUUUUCAAUAUCCAGCCUCAUCUAGGUGGUCAUGAAUAUCUGCAUGCUUUGAGCUCAGCAGCAGUCUUCAUAAACACAUUUAAAACUAGAACCUGGGUUCUUGUGGUUUGGCUUAUUAAAAUGAUGUUUAAAACACAGAUUUUAAUGUGAAUGUUGUAUGGCUAUAUUCACCUUGAGGAACUAUAUGAAUGAAUGAUGGUGUUAUACCAUGAUCACAUGCAGUUUGUGAAAUUGUUUUAAGUUACAGGAUAAGGAUACUCUUCUAAAACUGUAAAGAGUCUGUAAUUCUCUAGGAUCAGCAUAUAUGAAAAUAAAUGAUAGCUGCAUGUGGAUUUGGGGUGGGUGGCGGGGGGGAGCAAGCAUAAUUUUAAGUGUUAAGCUUUACAUUCAAAAAAUUAUUAAAAAGCCUUUCUCCGGUGUUUGCUGUAUUUACUUAUUAAUGUGUAUGGUAAAUAAAAUAUAAAGGAACAUGCAUCUUCAUUGAUUUCAUGGUGUUAUUGUUUGUAAUCUCUUAAAGUAAGUGGUGUUUCAUGGGGAUAGGAAAUAAAAUCAUCUAUUUCUGAA